GGAGGGCUGAGGGGAUCAAGAUGCACUUUCUAAGCUUUACUCUCAUCCUUCUACUGCAGAUGACUUUACAUACUGAGCUGCACGGUGCCAAAUGGACAUACAAUGGGCCAGAGGGAGAGCACCACUGGUCCAAACGUUAUCCAUAUUGUGGUGGAGCUUUCCAGUCUCCUAUAGACAUCAAGGCAGAGCUGCUAAGGUUCGACCCAACUUUACGUCCAAUUGAGGUUCAAAACUACAACCUGUCGCCCAACGAGCAGCUUACUCUUGGAAAUAAUGGACAUUCUGUACAAAUAUCACUGCCCUCUAAGAUGUACAUCUCUAGCCUGCCCCAUCGUUACACUGCAACUCAACUACAUUUCCACUGGGGCUCCUCCAGCAGACCUGCAGGCUCCGAACACAUGGUGAACAGUAAGCAGUAUGCAGCAGAGAUGCAUGUAGUACACUUCAAUUCGGACAAGUAUCCCAAUAUGUCAGUGGCUAUAGACAAAUCUGAUGGACUGGCCGUGCUGGGUGUCCUGAUUGAGGUUGGAGAGUUCAAUCCAGCCUUUGAACAAUUUCUGAAGUUCAUCAAUGGCAUCAAAUACAGGGAUCAGAGAGUGCAGGUGCCCGGUUUCAACAUCAGACCACUGCUGCCUGCACGUUUAGAUGAGUAUUAUCGCUAUGACGGGUCACUGACGACUCCUCCGUGCUAUCCCAGUGUCCUGUGGACAUUGUUCAGGAAUCAUGUAACAAUAUCUCGAAAACAGUUUCUCGCGCUGGCCACAGCCCUCUACUCCUCCCGUGCCCAGGACUCAGCCCCUGUGCCUCUAAAUGGCAACUACAGGAAACCACAGCUCGCCGACAGCAGAGUCGUGCUGGUAUCUUUUAACGAGGCUGACCUAUCUUGGAUAAACACUGGUUUACUGUUUCCCAUACUGGUGGGCUCUGCACUGGGACUUGUUCUCAUUGUCUCUUUAAUGUGCUGUCUAUUACGGCAGAAAAGAGCUGCUGCUGAACGGGACAAAAGCAAAGGAGUUCCAUACAACAUUGGAGAGAGUGAUGAGUACGGCUCAAGGGUGUAGCUCAUCGUUCUGGAACUCGAUGAAACUUUAACAAGACCAUGAGACCAUUGUUCUUUUACAUCCACUCAUUCUGUAUUUGUGAAAUCGUUCUAUGGGUCAGUCUGGACAUUCGUGCAAGCAUGAAAGGUUUAAGUAGAACACAUGAUAAAGUUUGCAUGCAGCUGUGGGGUUUUGGGAAGCACUAUAUUUUUCUCAAGCCACAGUCUGGACUUCCCUUGCUGUGUUGUGGCAGACAGAACAUGGUAAGCCUCCAUGCUGGAUAUUUAAAUGGGUGUUUUAUGCUGUAUGACUACUUCCUUAAAGCAAGAGGAACAGCUGUCCUCUCUAAUCCCCCGUUAUUUAUCUGAUGUGGUGAGUUUCUUAAGGAGAGCUCCACAAAGAAGCUUCCAGGCAAACACAGAAAGGCCAGAGAUGAACUGGUGAGAAUCUCAGGUCAAGUCUGACCAUGGCACUCAUUUCCUUUAGGCUGUCCCAGCAUGGUGGAAAGCCCAACCACAGUCCAAACAAUAGGGGGAUAGGAGUCGACAGACAUCCCUGAUGGUAGGGUGCCCUGAGAGGCAUGGGCUAUACCACAUUUCCACCAACCCUGUACUUAGAGCUGCUCUAUGGAUUUUAUAAUAAAAGGGCGCUUAGCUCCUUACAAACACAGAAACACACAGCUCCUUCCCUGUGAAUUAUGCGGAGGAAAAAAGCCUUUUGUUUUCAGGCUGCACGUAGGCUGACCCCUAACCCCUGUCCGCCAGUCUGAUCACAAGACUAACUCCCCAGCACUCCUCAACCACGGGACUACUGGAGAGUUAUUACAGCCAUCAUCAUGUCUUCCUAACAGGGUUUCACAUGGCCGUUGUAUCACUUCUUCUGCCUUUAUUAUAUUCACACGUAUUUCAGAUGUUCCAGAGUUUAUGUUCAGUAUACAGUGUUUGCAUGCUUAUGGCAUAGAGGUGACACUUUUACUGUAAGACCAGACUUUAGAUGACUGAUUAAACAUGCUAUCUUGUAAAAUGAGGAACUGGUAAAGAGAAGCACAGGGUGGCUGUUUCUCCACAAUAAAGUGUUAUGGCAGGGCACACUAUCUUUCAUGACCUUUAUCAGUUCUCCAGCAGAUGAUUAUUGUAGCUAUUUAUUGCUGCUUGUGGCCUCAUUACACCAUAUUUCUUAAAAAAAAAAAAUUCCCACUCAAUGUGUUGUAUUUGUGCAAUGUUGUUUGGUGUCAGGUGUUAAUUUGUGUAUAAUAAGUAUAUAUAAUAAAGUAAAUAGUACCUAUUUCCUUAUUUAUUGUAAAUGGCAUAAAUAAAAAGUAAAAAUCUA